UAUACACAGAAACCUUACGAAGGUGUAAUACAAGAAUAGAACAUGAAAAGUUGUGUCCGCGGAGGCACCUGCUGCAUCUUGACCGAUUGACUACAAUGGACAAUUAUAAAAAUUCUAUUAUGCUUCAACAAAUUUUUUUUAUUAUCAAGGAAGUCGAUUAUUUUAAUAUAACGAACAAUUAUUUUAAUUACAAAUCAUCGUUUUGCUUUCGGGGAUUAAUUAAUCACACAGAAAUAUAUACGUUUACAUAAGCAUAAAGAAAAAUAACAUGUAUAUAAUAUAUACAUAGAGACUAUUUUAUUUAAAAAUAAUGCAGACAUAAAAAAAGAAUUAUCUUUAUUAUUCCAACUGCAUAAUGCAUACGCAAAUUAAAUUCAAACGUAAUCGACUCGAACGCAAAUGUAACGAUAAUCACGAGUUCGAGAUAAUCCACGUGAUCUCGUGGGAAAUUCGAACAUCGAAGAUUAUAUUCAAAAUGGCCCGAGAGUCUAGCGGUUAGCGCGCCUUUGUCGCAUGCGAUGGAUCAACAAUAAUAACGUGAUGAUAUAUAUAAAAAACAAAUCUCGAAGAAAAUCAAUACAUUAACAUUAUCGAUAGCCAUGGAAGAGAGUCUCGGUGAUGAGAGUUUAUUGGACGACAACGAGGAGGCCGAGCUGACAGCGCAGACCGUGCUCCAUCAAAUCGAAAAUGCCUGGAUGAACGAGACAUUCGCGCCGGAGAUCUUGCCGCAUCAAUCUGAUCUGGUAGAUUGCAUGCUACAACAAAUCGCGCACAUGGAGGAGAACGUCAAGAGGUUAGACAAGAGCGAUCUACGUGCGCUCAUUCAUCGGAUGGAGCUUGAUCGGAUCAGAUACGUUAUCAGUAGCUAUCUGCGAACACGCUUGGAGAAGAUCGAACGGUACACGAUUCACAUCUUAUCAGAGGAGGAAAACAGAAACCAGGAGGAGGAAUCUUAUCUGACACCGGGCGAGUUACGUUUCGCCAAGGAGUACUUGGCUAAUUUGGAGACACUCUUCAAGACAGUGGCCUUGCAGCACAUGCCUCCUAACUUUCAGCGAUUCGAGGUAAACAAGUUUACUGUUAAACCCAAUAUGCAAGCACAUGUAUUCCUGCGUGCCAAUCGGAGAGUUACAGGUGUAGUUGUGCCUGGCACACUGAAUGAAGAGAUAGACUUUGAGGAAGGUUCACAGCAUAUUAUUCAAUAUAGUGCUAUAGCACACUUAGUUAAGUCGGGUGUGGUACAAUUGAUUUGAUAUUCUUAAAUCAAAGGGAAACACAGUCAAAAGACAAAGGUUGUGAUAUUUCUAUUUUUUAUAAAAAAGAUAAAUUUUUAUUCAUCUUUUUAUAUAUAAAAUUUCAAUAUACAUAUACAAAUUUUUCUGUACUUUCUGUUAUAAUAUAUAUUUAACAUUCAGACUCAUUAAUCAAUUGAAUAUCAAGAGAUAUAC